AUCACAAUUACAUAUAUAAACAUGUUCUUGAAAUACUGCCCGACUGUGACAAAGUUACACCAAGCAAUAUGAUGCACUCUAAAAGUCUGUGGUUUCUCUUGCUCAUUGUCUGUAAUAUUGUGUUACCAGGAUGUACAGGCAGUAAGUACGUGCAUUUUGGUUGCAUAGGAGAGGCACCACACAGAAUAUUGCGGGCCAAAGCAGGGAAACUUAAGCCAAACAGUCCCUGGCAUUGCCAACAGUUCUGUAAGGGCUACACAUAUUUUGGAGUACAGUAUAGUCACGAAUGUUUUUGUGGAAACAACCUACAUGGACAAAUCACCCCAAAACAAUGCACAAUGCCAUGUGCUGGGAAUGGACUAUUGAGGUGUGGAGGAUCAAGUAUAAUUGAUGUGUAUAUAUCAAUAAAUUAAAUUGAUUGAUUGUAAA